AAAUUCCAUGGCAGCUCGCGAGAGAAGACAACAAACCCCAGCUAGCAGCUGAGGACCAUCGGCCGGCGAGGCGAAUGAAGAUGGGGAGAGGAGCCGGCCGCGCUCUGCCGCUCGCCAUGGCGCUCCUCCUCGCGCUGCACCUGCACGCCACGCCGGCGUCGGCUGCCCCCAAGUCUUACCUGGUGAUCUUCGAUGGGCCGCCGCCCUCUCCGACUGGUCUGGCCGCUGCACUCGGCGGCACGGUCGACCUGAUCUACUCCUUCGGCGGCAUCAACGGGCUCGGGAUCCAGAUCGACAGCCUUCUCGUACCAGUCCUCAAACUGCUCAGCGGGGUGGUGGCCGUGAUCGAGGACAAGCUUUAUGCGGUCCAGACAACGCGCUCGUGGGAGUUCCUAGGGCUCCAAAAUUCUAACGGCGAGGCGCACGACGUGUGGAAGAACGUUGGCAAGUUCGGCGAGGGGGUCAUCAUUGCCAACGUCGACACAGGUGUAUCGCCGAUAUCUGCAAGCUUCAGGGACGACGGCACCUUGCCCAAACCGGCGAACUGGAUCGGUGGAUGCCAACCAGGCUACUCCGGCUGCAACAACAAGUUGAUCGGCGCGAGGGUUUUCAACGAGGGCAUCAAGGCAAUGAGCGAGCAGAACGGCGAGCAGGUGAACCAGACCGAGGUGAACUCGCCAUGGGACUACGAGGGGCACGGCACGCACACGCUGUCCACGGCCGGCGGCGGCUUUGUGCCCAAUGUCGGCGCCUUGGGCCACGGGACGGGCACGGCCAAGGGCGGCUCGCCGCGGGCGCAUGUGGCCUCGUACAAGGCGUGCUUCAAGGAAGGGUGCUCCGGCCUGGACAUCCUCAGGGCCAUACUCACGGCGGUGGAGGACGGCGUGCAUGUGCUCUCGCUCUCCGUCGGCUCCCCCGCCUCCGACUAUGCCACCGACACCAUUGCGAUAGGAACUGCCUACGCUGUCACCCAGUUGGUCGUCGUCGUCGCGGCGGGUGGCAACGAUGGCCCCGCGGCAGGCUCGAUCAGCAAUGUGGCUCCGUGGAUGCUCACCGUGGGCGCGAGCACCAUGGACAGAACCUUCCCCGCCGAUGUCGUCAUCGGUACCAAGACUAUCACGGGACAAAGUCUAUCAGGCAGCACCGACCAGCCAUGUGCGAUGAUCAGCGGGGAGAAGGCCAAUGCCGCAGGCCAAUCUGCCGCCAACUCGUCGUUGUGCGUGCCUGGCUCCCUGGACCCUGCCAAGGUGAGGGGGAAGAUAGUGGUGUGCACCAGAGGAUCCAACGGCCGAGUGGCCAAGGGGGAGGUGGUGAAGGACGCCGGCGGCGUCGGCAUGGUCCUCUGCAACGCCGCCGCCAGCGGGGACGACGUCAGCGCCGACCCGCACAUCAUCCCGGCGGCUCAUUGCUCCUACUCCCAGUGCAUAGACAUCUUCAACUACCUCCAGUCUGAUCCAUCACCGAUGGGUGCGAUCAAGACGAGGGACGCAGAGCUGGGUGUGAAGCCAUCGCCGGUGAUGGCAGCCUUCUCAUCCCGUGGGCCCAACACCAUCACCCCUCAGAUCCUCAAGCCCGACAUCAUCGCGCCAGGUGUGAACGUGAUCGCCGCGUACAGCCAGGAGGUCUCGCCGACGGGCCUGGCUUCCGACAGCCGCCGUGUCGCCUACAUGGUAGAGUCCGGCACCUCCAUGUCGUGUCCGCACGUGGCCGGCAUCGCCGGCCUGCUCAGGGCGAAAUACCCGAAAUGGAACCCAAACAUGGUCUAUUCCGCCAUCAUGACCACCGCCAACAGGGGAGGCAACGACGGUGUCGGGAUCCGGGACGAGACCGGCAAUGCCGCCACGCCCUUCAGCUAUGGCUCGGGCCACGUGAACCCGGUGAGGGCCCUGGACCCGGGCCUGGUGUACGACACCACGACGCAUGACUACCUCAACUUCAUCUGCUCCUUGAGGCCCACCAACACCCAGGGCCUCCUCCCGGUCUCGCUCCCGCUCCCGCUUGACAUACUCUGGACCCUGCUCAUCCGCGUGUUCCACGGCACCGACUCCAACCCGUUCCAAUGCAGCAAGGGCGCCAACCGCCCCGAGGACCUCAACUACCCGUCCAUCUCCGUGCCCUGCCUGCCCUCCUCCGGCAGCUUCACCGUGAAGCGUAGGGUGAGGAACGUGGGCGGCGGGGCGGCGUCGUACACCGUCAGCAUCACGCAGCCGGCCGGGGUGACGGUCAUUGUGGACCCCAGCACGGUGAGCUUUGACGGUAAGAGUCCAGACGAGGAGAAGCACUUCAAGGACCCGGAGGGCAUCCUGGCGCCGCCGCAGCCGGGCCACAUCUCGCGCCUCGAGUUCCGGCGCCGCCUCGACAGCGACGCCGACGCGCGCGCCGCCUUCGACCUCCAGGUCAAGGAGGAGCAGGAGCGCCGCCGCAAGGAGCGCGAGGCGCGGGUGAUACCUGAGACGGACGCCGGGCUGGUGGAGUUCUUCCUGGACACGGACGCGCGGGAGAUCGAGAUCGAGAUCGGCAGGCUCCGCCCCAGGCUCAACAAGGCCUUCUUCGACCACAUCCAGCGCGAGAUCGCGCAGAUCAAAUUCGCGGUCACCAGGACAGCGGCGAAUGAAGACAGGCUGAUCGAGCUGGAGGCGAUGCAGAAGGUCAUCGGGGAGGGAGUUGAGGCCUACGACAAGCUUCAAAACGACCUCGUGACGGCCAAGGAGCGGCUCACCAACAUCCUGCAAUCCAAAGAUAGGAAGAAAACUCUGCUCGACAUGGUCGAACGGAACGAGCUCAACAUGUCCAUAUUGACGCUUCUCGACGAGAACAUAGCGAGCGCCAAGACGAGUAACCAGGAGGAGGCUGUGGCUUUCAUGGAGGAUGUGCGCUCCUCUAUGCUGAAAUACAUAACGGUAUAAAUUUUGCCUACAUACGGCGGUGAGCAGUUAUCUCUGCUCUGGUACUGGAGUCGUCUUCGGCACAUGGUUGUUGGAAUUAAUUCAAUGGAGCUGUAAUUCACAAGGCCAUCUUGUGUGCUGUAAUUUUGUUUCGGUUGUAUUUAGUUGUCCUGUUUCAUAUAUGUUGAAAUUGUGAGUAGCUUUAUUGGCAAAGAGAAAUUGUAAAGAUCAUAUAUACUUUUACGGCUGUACCACAGAUAUAUACAACAAGACUGAUCCGCUUUCCCGGUUUA